UAUGCAAAAUGUAAGAUAUUUGACUCAAGCCAGCGUUUGAUUUAAUAACAUUAUAUUCGUCAUACAUUAAGUUUUUUGAUACGAAAUGCUUUUGUUUAUAAAUAUUUUAUUAUGCCUUUGUCGUGUUGCCGACCUACUAAACUGUGACAAUUUACUUCCUGGUCAAUAUUUGUGCGAACCUCCUGAAAUCAACAUUGAUACUCAAGCAGAAAAAGAUUGUCAACCUAACAGGACGGUCCAAGUCUGGUGUCAAGUUGCUCCUGGAAUAAUGUGUGAUAAAAUGUCAUCUGAUUUCAACAAAACUGGAUUUUAUAAGAAAAAACCAUGUCGUUAUGUUAAAGGAAAGUCUUUUAAAACUGCUAUGCUUCUAUCAAUAUUCCUUGGGGUAUUUGGAAUAGAUCGUAUUUAUUUAGGGUAUCCCGCAAUUGGACUUUUUAAGUUUUGUACACUUGGAUUUUUCAUGAUUUUUCAGUUUGUUGAUGUUAUUUUAUUAGCUACUCAAAUUCUUAAGCCAGCUGAUGGUUCAGAUUUUUAUAUGGAUUAUUUUGGUCAUAGAUUGAUUCAUAUUGCUACAGAUAAUGAAACCAUAUGGUACAAAUAAAUACUUGAUAACGAAUAAGAAAUAAAGUGAUACAUUUAUGUACUUUUAUGAAUGUCACUAAUAGUUGCUAAUCUUUCUUGUAUAUGUAUUAUAAUUUAUUAAGUUUUUAAGCCAUGUCAGCAAAAUAAAAAAAGAAAUAAAAAUUUAGUUAAAAGUGAAA